AUGGGCAACGCCAUCGAGGCCAAGAAUUUAAGCGACAUCAACGAUAUUGCAAACAGACCACCAUCAUACCUUGAAGGAACUCAGAAGCGGAAGCCCCUCAAUUUGUACAUCUCACGUGUGGUGGGUUCCGACUCCAAAGCUGUCAUUCUCACACCCCUUGAACCACGAGAGGAGAUCGUCUCGGGCGUGGAUGUCGGAAGCGCUCUGUAUAUAGUGAAAUUGUGCGAGCCUAACCCUGAGCCAGCACGACAUGAGGCUGCAUACCGUUCUAGCCAGGAGAGUCGCUCGUCGACCGAGACCAAGACGAUCCGUCGAAGACCUGUUCCUGGCUCGGACCGUCCAUCGACCCCCGAUAGCUCGCCAAGUGCAAGUCAAAGCCACCAGCCCUCUGCAACAAAAGCCCCAGAACGGACUGCCUUUGGAUUGCACACGGGCAUGACGGCGAAAAAGCCCGUUGGAUCCCAGUCUUUGCCUAGGACAUCAACCGAAACAUCGGCUUCCCAACUUAUCGUACCAAAAGACUCUUCCAGUCCGCAGGAGCCUGCUGGGAAUGCGCAAACGCACUACAUCAAUUCAAUCCCAGUGCCUCGGCCGGAUACAUCUCCACCACCUACUAACACUAGCAAUCAAAUUUCCCCUUCACCUUCACAGCCCAUCUCGCAAGCCCAUAGCAGAUCUCCGUCUCCACGGAAGCACAGCACAGCUUCUACUGGUAUGCCUCUCACACUGGAGUUGAGCCGAAAAGUUCCCGGCAGCAAAGAGCAGUGGUUAGUUGGAUAUAUUAAGCUGCACCAGGUAGAAUCGUCUUCAGGGGAUGCCGAGAAGGCUUCAACGUCGGCCACAAGUUCAAUGCAAUACCCCCCAAUGGACAUUGACAUACUAGCAUCUGGAUACGUCCCAUUUCGCGAGCGGCGUGUCAAGAAACAUAGCUCAACGGAUAGCGGUGGCUUAAAAGCAAACUACGAGGUCUUCCAUCGUCAAAUCGUCAUGAACUACUCCAAUUCUUGGUUGACGAAUGCGAAGAAGAUGACGCGUGACAGAAGCGAUAGCGCUGCGUCGGUAUCGUCGUACAAAAGUGACACUGCUGUGAAGCCAGACACUACUUGUACAUCUGGAUCGCCGCCAGAAGGCAUGAAAGCCCGCGGAUACACAUUUGUCAGCCCAUGGGGGGGCCAAUGUCACUUCGCAACGGGGACAUCUGGAAAGAGGCUCGAGUGUUUUCACACUCGUCCCCCGCCGACUGCCAUCCACACCAAUUCCUUGGUCAAAACUAGCCACUCGGAAUCCACAGGUGGACUGAUCAGUGAGCUGAGUUACAAUCUUGCGCUGUCACCGGACCAAGCUAAGGGAUCCACGGGAGUAUUUGCAAAGUUAGCAUUCUGCUGCAGCAAACCGAGACACAGUAUAAUUCCCUCUGACUCGAGCCAUGAGCCGUCCUUCACUAACCUCGGGGCUGAACGAGCCGGCGGCGGUCUAAAUGGCGAGCAAGCAAAGCUGGCCACGUUAACUAUCCAUGGGGACGGCUGGAAAAUGCUUGAUCUGGUGGUGGCAGCCAACAUGGGAGUAUUUUGGAGAACUUGGGUGAAGUACGCUCCCGCUUCCACUUAA